UUGGAUUGCAGAUACACAGAUUGAUCAAGGAGGAGCCACACAAGUUGGCCCAUCGAUCCACCAUGACCAGCUCGGAAAUCCUCUGUGAACGACCGAAGUGGAUAUAUAAUAAUCAAUGGCGUGGAGCCUAGGAUCUCAGCGCCAAGAAAUCGUGUCACACAAUGGACACGCUCAUCAGCCACCACCUCAUUCGCGAUUGAUCAGCAAACUGGAGGAAUCUGAUGGAACAUUAUUAUGCCUAAUAGUAGCAACCUGCAAACUCGUCAGCAGUGCCUGCAAUUUCCAUGUGUUUCUAUUAAGUGAUGAUGGUUUUACCCACAAAGAAAUCACUGAGUUGGUGGCUGGCACAAUGGUGGUUGCUAUUUGCUACCCCUAUAUACUUCUGAAAUGGCACGAAUUGAUCUUGCCGAACUUGACACCCUUGAAGUCGUGGGUCGCAUGGCGUCCUAACGUCAGGAUUUUCAGAGACACAGGCGUUCUUGUGAUUAUUUCCUACCUGCUAUUGCUGGACAUCAAUUGGAGAUUCCUCUUACUUGCCAUCUUUCCUAUUAUGGCCAUUACUUUCAUAGGAGCACUGUACUUUAAGCUCAAUCGUUGUACUGGCGACAUUGGUCGUAAAGUUACUCCACAAUCUUCUAUGGUCGAUGAGAAUACCAUCAUCAAGACACCUAUGGAGCUGGAGAUCAUAGUGGUGGUGACGUUCGGGGCGCUGUUGGUGAUGGAUCAACUUGACGAUGGUGCAGCUAUGGGCUUCGCCAUCACACAGUUUCUCUUGUUCCUGAGCUCCACUGUGGCGGCAUUGACGCGCAUGAUGAUGAAGCUGCCUACUGAUCCUUUUCCGGGCAGUGCACCGGCGUCAGAGUUGCUCCACAAGACCUUGCUUCUACUUCUACUGGUGACGGCACACACAUUGGCCGCGGAGUGGCUGGGCGAGGAUGUGGUUCUGUUCUGCAUGCCGGAGGUUGUUCCGGUGCUCCUCUGGUACAGCCUUCACCUCGACCGCCCACACCACCACCCACUCAUCAGCGUCGACAAAAUGAAGCCACGCAUGAAGGGGCUCAUUGCCCUAUCUACACUGGUGGUAUUUCCUCUUUUCGCAUACAUGGUGAACUCCAUGGAUGUUUCUGGGCUCUCCUGGUGCACGAGGAUCAUGGUGUCAUGUGGCGUCUCAGGGGUUCUGACCUACUACCUUGUGUUCAUGAUACGCUACUGGCAUUGGCCGUGGAAAAGAGAAGCAGCAGCCGCUGGCAGCAGCAAGGACGAUGUGGUUUCCUCCGGCAUGCUCAAGUUUUUGGCAAAUGUUUUACUCAUAACGGCGGCAUUGCUGCUGCUACUAAGGCGAAAUUCCAACACGCGCAACCAUUGGGCCAGGUCAGUCCCUCGGAGCAGAUGGGAUGGAUCACGGGCGUGUGAGUGAUUAAUCUGAUCGCGCGCGAGGUCAGGGACGCCGCUCGGUGGAGGCCGGCUGGUUGCAGAGUCUGAGCGGAAGCCGAAAACGAUGGCCGGCGUGCGACUACGUGUGGACGUGCAAGUCAACACCGGCGCCAGGGCAGCCAAGCCCGAGCAGCCAACGCAGCAGCGGCGAACAUUGCGUUGUGCGGAGGCGGCCAUACAUACGCCGUGGAGGCGGGAGGAUGGUGUAAUGCGGUCGUCUAUGGCACGCGCUACUUCAGCCGAGGAAAACAGCGACAGUGCCGUGGACCACCGCCGAAUCUCGGGCUCCUCAUGCCGAGUUUAGAACUCCUUCUUGGGCCACUGCUACAAGCGUGGGGAUGGAGGCGGAGCUGCACAGGCCGCCAUGCACAAACAAGAGGGUGGAGCUCGAGGAGGAGCCAUCGCCGUGAUGGGAGGGGAGGAGGCACGAGAGCGCUGUCCAUGAGGUACAACAACACGAGAAAGCAUGUCAGGAGAUGUAAAUAAUCAGACCAACGCACCGGAACAUUGCCUAUGAUGAGGAGGUCGACAUCAUCGAAACUCUAGACGGGUAAAACCGAUGCGGGCAACCGCAGGUGGGUG